AUGCAAGUUAUUUCAGUCCGAUAUCUUGAAAUUCUUUCCUUUCGGCUUUAUUUUUUUUUUCUUUACGGCCCUUUCCAAUACGAUAUAGACUCAUACAUUUACAAAUAUGGCAUAGUUCAUACUAAAAUCCAUUAUACCUAACGUGAUAGAGUAAUAGGUACAUCACCUGAGGGUAAUAAUGGCGAGAUAAAUGUUUAUCGAUAGGAGAUGAAACCCAAUCAAACCCCCACUAUAAGCCAAUUCCUAGCUCAUAGCAGCCCACCAUCAUGCGAAACGGGGAAACAGCUCAACAACUUCAAAGUCCCAAGACAUUUUAUUUUAUCUCCGUUACAAAAUAAAAUCACUCAACAUUCCUCUUUAACUUUUCUUUCCUCCUUCUCUAAAUUCCAAGCUUGGAAGUGAAGUGAAUUUAUAUCAUCAUUAGAAAGAAGAAGAAGAAUAAAUUAAAUAUUAAAUAAUAAACCAUAAACAAUGCCUGAGCCAAAGCAAAAGGCGUGUCUGAUCGUGAUUGAUGGUUGGGGUAUCGCCUCCGCCGACUCGCCCAAAAAUGGCGAUGCUAUCGCUGCUGCCAACACUCCCGUCAUGGACGAUCUAUCCAAGAGUGCAACAGGCUUUACCGAGUUAGAAGCUUCUUCACUAGCUGUUGGGCUUCCAGAAGGCCUAAUGGGUAACUCGGAAGUCGGACAUUUGAACAUCGGAGCUGGACGAGUGGUAUGGCAGGAUGUUGUCCGAAUUGACCAGACCAUUAAGAAGGGAGAGCUCGCCAAGAAUGAGGUCAUCAAGAAUGUAUUGGAGAGAGCCAAAAACGGGACUGGAAGGCUUCACCUCUGUGGUCUGGUCUCUCAUGGUGGCGUACACGCCAAACAAACUCACCUAUACGCUCUCCUAAAAGCCGCCAAAGCUGCCCAAGUCCCUAAGGUGUACAUUCACUUCUUCGGCGACGGUCGUGACACCGACCCCAAGUCCGGAGCCGGCUAUAUGCAAGAGCUUAUCGACACCGCUAAGGAGAUUGGUAUCGGCGAAAUUGCUACCGUUGUCGGUCGAUACUACGCCAUGGACCGUGAUAAGCGAUGGGAGCGAGUUGAAAUCGCCCUGAAGGGUAUGAUCCUGGGAGAGGGUGAAGAAAGCUCCGACCCGGUUAAGACCGUUAAGGAACGAUACGAGAAGGGCGAGAACGAUGAGUUCCUUAAGCCCAUCGUUGUCGGUGGCCAAGAAGCCCGAAUCAAGGAUGGUGAUGAAGUUUUCUUCUUCAAUUACCGAUCCGAUCGUGUCCGACAGAUCACUCAGCUUCUAGGUGGCGUUGAUAGGUCGCCUCUGCCCGACUUCCCUUACCCUAAGAUUAACCUAGUCACCAUGACACAAUACAAGGCGGACUACCCCUUCGAGGUUGCCUUCAAGCCUCAACAUAUGGGCAACGUAUUGGCUGAGUGGCUUGGCAAGCAAGGUGUCAAGCAAGUUCACAUUGCUGAGACCGAAAAAUACGCUCACGUAACAUUCUUCUUCAACGGUGGUGUUGAGAAGGUCUUCCCUCUAGAGAUCCGAGAUGAAUCUCAGGACCUGGUACCUUCCAAUAAGUCCGUCCCCACAUACGACAAGGCCCCUGAGAUGAGCGCCGAUGGCGUUGCCAAGCAAGUUUGCAAGCGACUUGCGGAGCAAGAAUUCCCGUUCGUCAUGAACAACUUUGCUCCUCCGGAUAUGGUUGGCCACACAGGUGUGUACGAAGCAGCCAUCAUUGGUUGCGAAGCCACCGACAAGGGCAUCGGCCUAAUCCGCGAGGCCUGCAAGAAGGAGGGAUACAUCCUCUUCAUCACCGCCGACCACGGCAACGCUGAGGAGAUGAAGUUCCCCGACGGCAAGCCUAAGACUUCUCACACCACCAACAAAGUUCCCUUCAUCAUGGACAACGCGCCUAAGGGCUGGUCGUUGAAGAAGACUGACGGUGUCCUUGGAGACGUCGCCCCGACUAUCUUGACUGCUAUGGGUCUACCAGUUCCUGAGGAGAUGACUGGACAGAGUCUGUUGAUUGUUGAAUAAAUAGAUUUUUUUUUUUUCACGAAGCAUUACAUUAGACUACUGGUAGUCUAGAUGAGGAGUUGUUGGUAGGGUUUAGGUAGAGGUGACAUGGGAGGCGUAGAGAUACCAACCGUAUUAGACGACAAAUAUGGUUAUUAAAAAAAUAGAAAUGUUUAAUGAGUUUUUUUGUUUCUUGUUGAUUUAACUGUGAAAUGUUGAGUACCCGGA